UUGGCAUCCCUGAUACUAUAUACCCGUUGGGACGGUGUCGCGCGAACAGCGACCGCGCCUCCAUUCGACGAUAUGGCGCUACGUACACAACUACUGCGUGCCGUGUGCAAUGGUUCUCAAGCUCGUCAGUUUAGUGAAUUGAAGGGAAAAGAACGCGAAGGCGUAAUUUUACUUCGAGACGUGCUUGACGACCGGCUACGAGAGAUUAAGAGAGCAAAGACUUGGAAACAUGAGAGAGUACUUACUUCACCUCAAGAUACAAAGGUGACUGUUCAAGGCGCUAAGGGCGAUUUCUUAAACUUCUGUGCAAAUAAUUAUUUAGGAUUUUCUAAUCACCCCGAAGUGGUAGAAGCAGCCAGGGAUGGUUUGAAAAAAUAUGGCGCUGGUCUCAGUUCAGUUAGAUUCAUUUGUGGAACACAGAUUAUACAUAAGGAAUUAGAACAGCGUUUAGCCAAGUUCCAUGGCCGCGAAGAUGCUAUACUAUACGGGUCAUGCUUCGACGCGAAUGCUGGACUUUUCGAGUCUAUGCUUACCCCUGAGGACGCGGUGUUCUCUGACGCCCUGAACCACGCCUCAAUCAUUGACGGCAUACGGUUGUGCAAGGCACAGAAAUAUCGGUAUCCACAUAGAGAUUUAAAUGAGUUGGAACACUUACUGGCGCACAGCGAAUCCCGCAUCAAGCUGAUCGUUACUGAUGGUGUAUUCUCAAUGGAUGGGACCGUGUCGCCCAUUGCUGGAUUACGAACACUCGCGGACAAAUAUCGCGCCCUAUUGGCAGUUGAUGACAGCCACGCUACUGGUUUCUUCGGCGACACUGGACGGGGUACUGAAGAGUACUGCGGCGUGCUGGGUGCUGCCGAUAUAAUUUGUUCAACGUUGGGCAAGGCUGUGAGUGGCGCCGCCGGUGGCUACACUACCGGACCUAAAGAAUUGGUCACAUUGCUGAGGAACGUGUCGAGACCUUACCUAUUUUCUAAUGCCCCUCCACCGCCGGUUGUCGCUGCAUCGUUAAAGUCCUUAGAUUUGGUAGAGCAAAGUGAUGAUCUGAGACAACGGUUGCGGGAGAAUACAAGAAAUUUCCGUAGUGGUUUGAAGGCGGCUGGACUUACGGUGGCUGGCGAUGAUCACCCUAUUUGUCCUGUGAUGGUCGGCGAAGCGCCUUUAGCGGUGGAACUUGCAUCUGGAAUGUUAGAGCGUGGCAUAUAUGUCGUAGCAUUCAGUUAUCCGGUGGUGCCGAAAGGACUGGCGCGCGUAAGGGUGCAAUUAAGUGCCGCCCACACUCCCGAGGACAUAAAUCGCGCUGUACAAGCAUUUUCUGAAGUCGCUAGGAAAAUUGGUAUUGUGAAAUCUUAGAAUACAGGAAGUACUGCACUAACUAAUAUACUAAAAUUUUCUUUAAGAAAGUCUUGAAUUUAUAAAAUUGUAUUAUAUAACAAUUGUAAAUAUCAGUAAAUGUAAAAUGGUCUGACUGAAUAAAAUGUUAGGAAAGAUAA